AUGACGAGGCCCGUGAGUGGCUCCCUCUCGGGGAAGGUAGUUUUGCCGUGCCACUUCUCCACCAUACCCACUACCAUGCCCACCAUCAACGCCAAUGGCACCACCCCCAGCACCGACUACCUGCGCAUCAAAUGGACCAAAAUGGAUGGGGAAAAGGAAUCCACAGUGCUGGUGGCCCAAAAUGGCAAGAUUAAAAUAGGCUCCACCUACAGGAACCGCGUGUCGGUGCCCAGCCACCCAGAGGAUGUGGGGGAUUCUUCUCUGACCAUGGUGAAGCUCCGAGCCAGCGAUGCCGGCACCUACCGCUGUGAGGUCAUGUACGGCAUCGAGGACACGCAGGACACGGUCAACCUCAAUGUCAACGGUGUUGUGUUUCACUACCGGGCAAGCACCAGCAGGUACACCAUGAACUAUGAGAGCGCUGUCCAGGCCUGCCAAACCGUAGGAGCCUCCAUUGCCACGCCUGACCAGCUGAAAUCAGCGUAUGAGGACGGCUUUGACCACUGUGAUGCAGGUUGGAUCGCAGAUCUGUCAGUUAGAUACCCAAUCACUAGACCGAGACCUGGCUGCUAUGGAAACCUGCAGGGGAAGCCUGGGGUGAGGACAUAUGGACCCCGAAAGGCCACAGAGACCUAUGAUGUGUACUGUUAUGUGGACAAGCUGAAUGGUGAGGUGUACUACGCACCUGUGACCCAUAAGAUGACGUUUGAGGAGGCAAAGGAGGAGUGUGAGAACAGGAACGCUGUCCUGGCGUCGCCGGGUCAGCUCCACUCCGCCUGGAGACAGGGUCUGGACAGGUGUGACUAUGGCUGGCUGGCCGACGGCAGCGCUCGCCACCCCGUCGCGGUACCCAGAAUGCAGUGUGGCGGUGGUCUGCUGGGCGUCAGGACCUUGUACCGCUACAGGAACCAGACAGGCUUCCCAGAACCCAUCACCCAGCUGGGAGCAUACUGCUUCAAAGCUAGGAAGAAGCUGAUAAAUCAGAUGACCUGGGUGGAAGUGUCUGUGGAGGGUGCUACCACGUCCCCCCCCAUGCUGGCCACAUCCGCCAUUGGUCCCACCACAGCUCUCUCUCCCCUGGACAGAGGCAGCAUUACUCAGACCCCAAGUUUUGAAUUUGUUUCAGAGACCGGAGAAUCAGACGAAACAGCAGCCCAUUCGUCUAUCUUCUCAACCAGCAUGGUAUCGCCUCGCCCCACCCCGGUAACACAUGAAGGCGAUCUUGAGGAGGUGACCUCACCACACAUCACUGCCGCUGCAAAACAAGAUGGUGACAUUUUCACAACAACAUCCUUCCCCGAUUACAACGUUGAUAACUUUGAGGAAAGUCCAAGCCAUGUGGAGUCGGUCCCUCCCCGUGGAGACACGUUCCAAGCUCCAUCCACAACAGGAAGUCCACAUCCUGGUGAUUCUACCUUCCCUGCUCCCCCUCAGGCCACUGCAGUCGUCCAGGUAGAAGAUGCCACGCCUGAAGUGUCCGUAGAUACCGCCUUGGCCCAGCCAUCGAGCACAGGGUCUGGGGAGAGAUUGGUUGAGCCCACAGAAGAACCAGAAAAUCACUAUGUGAUCGAAGUGGGCACAGUUCAGCCUGACAUUCUUCUAGAGGCCUCUCCAAGCACAGAACCCAUGUUUGCUCACGGAAACACAGAGGAAACCACCCUGGAAGGGAUCACUGCAGAGAUUACCUCUGACCUGAUAGACACCCAAUCAGUUUCGACAACCGAACCAACUGAACCAAUCACCACUGAGAAAACUAAAGAUGAACCUGUUAGUACUGAGAACACUACAUAUGAGUCCAGUCUACAUGUAACUAAACAGCCCUCCACUCUUGAAACCACAGACGAUUCCACAAUGGUGAUGGCCUCCGCCACUCCAGAUGCGUCUGUAAGUGGAACUUCUUCUCAACUCAUUGAUCAUAGGGAAGUCGAGGCCACUGCCCCGCCCACAACAGCAGAGGUCCUUGAGGGAUCCCCUAAUGCAGUCAUCACUGAAACUACCCCACCCACAAUAUCCACUGUCACUCCCAGUAUGGUUGUGACCUUAUUCACUGAAGAUGUGGAGGGCACUGGAAUGGGUCCCGAAACCAUCGUUGACCUGGGCUCCACUGCUGCGGUCACCUUGUCACCUACACCAAGGGCAUCAUCUACAGUGACAGUAAACACUGAGGACAGAAGCACACUUAGCCCCCACACUGAUUCAUCCAGUCCCGCUGGCACGACAGUGUACCCAGAAAGAGAGCCAUACUCUGAGGAGGGCCUUCAUUCAAUGACCCCCUCCCCAGACUAUGUUGGUGAGAUUGGAACUGCAGGAUUUGUAGAAGGUACCCCACCCGUUCCGCCAACCCAAGCGGUGCAUGACGAUCCCUCAACAAGCACCUCUCCCACCACUGUCAUGGAUGAAACAACCAUGAUUACCACCAUCGUGUGUGAUACAGAGCCCAACACCGGCAUGGAGACCACCACCCCAACACAAUCAGGAACUACGAGAUCAGCAAUACCAAUAAAGUCAUCAUCAAAUCCUUUAGAUGGCUCAGCAACUGAUGCCACGACCACACCCUCAUCCCAAUACUCAAUCAUACAAGUUGUCACUCACCCGGCUGAGACAGAAGGCGCUUCUAAAGCUGAGCCCACACAGAAACCUCUUCCUCAGGAUGUAGAGACACCAGCCAUUCUGUACAAGGAGGAUGCGAGUCAAACACAGAACCCACCAAGUGAUCCCACUACCACCACUUCACAUGCAACCGUGACCUCUAAGGAAUCUUCCUCAGUGAACCCAACAGCAGCCGCCAUUCUCAUCGACAGUGAGACGUCAGUUGAGGAUGUGAGCUCAGGUGAUCAGGUCAUUGAAGAGUCCACCACUCACUUUCCUGAGUCCCCUAGUGAAUCCUUGACUGAAGGCCAAGACACCACCACAGAUAUCGAUACAGAGUACUUCACAUUUACUCCCUUGACCACCAGCGCUCCAGCCACUGUGGGCCCAGAUGGAUUCCCCAUCCAAGUCAUCAACAUCAAUGCUGACGAGCAGAAGCAAAACGAGUCAGUGGAUAUGACUCUGCCGAUUUUAGACACUCUGAGUCAGUUCCCUGUGUUCUCAGAGGUGCCUGACCUGGGUCAGUUCCCUGUCAUUCCUGUUGUUCCUGACCGGGCCACACCCUCCCUGGUGGACGGUGAACCUAUCCCGGGCAGUGGAGAACCUGACUUCUUCUCCUCUGCUGCCGUCACCAUGACUCCAACGCUGUUCUUCAUCAAUGGCAAACACGAGGUGACCCUGGAGCAAGAGAGAAGACAGGUAGAGGAGGAAGCAGGGAGAGGAAGAGGUGACCAGUUUGAGGAGAAUGUGACUGCGCUGGGGGGCAGUGAGGAGGAGGUGACCCCCACUGUGUUUGAUUACUCUCUGAUAGAGACACCUGAUACUAUACCAGAUAAGCCUGAUCAUGAGGAGACCUCUUUGGAGUCCACGGGGGACCCAUUCUCACGUACCCCACUGCCUUUGUCGAUGUCCACUCUGGAUCAUUUUUUUCAUGACUAUGGGCCUGAGGUGGUUCAUGUGGAGUCAACUCCUACCACAAGCCCAGAGCAGGUUGAGGGAACCACACAAGGCCGUGCUGUGCAAACAGAUGUGACUGCAACCUCUGCACCUGUCACAACAACGGUGGCAACCACUCCAUCCAAAACGGAGCAAAGAGCUGAGGGUCUAUCAUCUGUUUCAGAGACCACAGGGGGACCAAGUGACGUCAUAACUGCAUCCACUGAAGCAGUGUCCACUGUUUCACCAUCUGGCACAGCAGUGAGCAAAACUUCAGAACAAACCCAAAGCCAAACAGCGUAUGCACCCAAGGCUCCUGAGGGAAGCCAACAAAUCAGCACCUCUGUGUAUGGCAAAGAGGUGGAGGGGUCAGGGACACAGCCCCAAGAUGAUGACAGGCAUGCUGAGGUGACUCAGCCAGAAGGGGAAGAGUCCCUCUGUUUCUCCUACAAAAGAAAUACACGUGGCCACUACGAGGUGACCUCGGGUGACCAGGCAAGUGAGGUUUUCACCGAAGACACUGCAACUGACGCACUGUCUUCUCUGUUUAGCCCUGAUAAACCAGUAAUUACUACAACAGUGUCACAUAAAACUGCAGAGAGUGCAGUCACAGAGCAGACUGAGAAACUGGUAGGCUCAGAAAAACCUUCAUCUUUUCAUGUUACAGAGAAAAGCUCAGUCCUUGAUUCCACAGACGAAGAGAGCUCAGGUGAUCAGACUCCUGAUAUGUUCCCCACCGAGCCUACAGCCACAAGUGGCCCUACAUUGUUCAGCUCAAUCAAAAAGGAGAUUGAGAUGACUACCACUAAGCAACCUGUUGAUAUUACAGUCGGAAAUGCUGCAAAUGAAGACACAUCAGUCACAGAAAAGCCCUCCACUGUCCACAUAAUUGAUGAAACAGAGACAAGCUCAGUCCUCUCUUCUACAGAUGAAGAGAGCUUGGGUGACCAGAUGCCUGAUAUGUCUACCAAACACACUCCAACCAGCACAGUCUCCUAUCUGUUGAGCACUGAGAAACCAAAAGAUGUAAUAUCUCCAACGUCACAUGAAACAGAGGAGAGUAAAGCCACAGAAACUUCUGCUACUGAUACAGAGACCAGCUCAAUCCUCUCUGCAACAGAUGAAAAGAGCUCAGGUGAUCAGCCCUCUGAUAUGUUUACCAAAGAGCCUGUCAUUGCAACUGUUUCUUCUGUUUAUAGCACAGUCAAAGCAGAGCAAAUGACAACCACUGCAAUGCCAGAUGUAACGAUCACAAAAGGAGAAAGUGAAGUUACAGAUCAGACUGAGAAACCAUCAGUUACACCUAUCAUUGAUGAUGCAGUGAUGAGCACAGUUAUCUCUUCUACAUUUGUAGAGAGCUCAGGUGACCAGACAAGUGAUACCACAGACUCUCUAACUACAACAACCACAGCAUAUUCUCUGUUUACCACUGAGAAACCAAAACAUGCCGUGACUACAGCAUCACAUGAAACUGCAACAGCUGACACUAAGACUGCUACUACUACAAUUAGUUCUGUGUAUAGCACAAAGAAAACAACAAUGACACAUGAGACUGCAACAGUGGAGAAUGUCACAGAAGUCACAGAGAGGCACACAAACACAGAAAAACCUUCAGGUACCCAUGUUACUAGUUACACAGAGACAAGCUCAGUCAUCUUCUCUACUGGUGAGGAGAGUGCUGAUGUUCAGACAAUUGCAUCAGUACUUACCAUUACAGAUGGGGAGAGCUCAGGUGAUCAGACCCCUGAUAUGUUUACCAAAGACACUGCAACUACCACAGUGUCCUCUCUAUUCAGUACAGAAAAACUAGGGCUUGUAGGGACUACAGCGUCAUAUGAAUCUGCAACAGUUGAAUCAUCCCAAGAAUCAUCUAUGAGUCCCGUAGUUACAUUCAUAGAUCAGACUUGGGAACCGAUGGGGACAUCAGCUACAGUGAUUGACAUAUCACAGGAAGUAUUAACUGAGAUAACAGAAUCUGAACCAACCAAAGAAACAGGAAGGAUAUCAGGUGUUCCCAUUAUUGAUGACACAGAGUCAAGCUCAAUCCUUGAUAUGUUUACCAAAGACACUGCAACCACCAAAGUAUUAUCUCUGUUCAGUACAGAGAAACUAGGGCAUGUAGGGAUUACAUUGUCACAUGAAACUGCAACAGCUGAGACAUCAAAGAUGACAAUAUCUGCAGCAUAUUCUUUCUAUAGCGCUGAGAAACCUACAACAAUGUCACAAGCAACUGCAACAUCAGAGAGUGGAAAGACCACUACAUCUAAAGCAACAUCUCUCUACAGCACAGAGAAAACUGCAGAAAGUACAGCCACAGAUAAACCUUCAGUUACUUCUGUUUCUGAUGGCACAGAAACAACUUCCUCAUAUACCACUACAGAUGAAGAGAGUUCAGGUGACCAAACAAGUGAGAUUUUUACAAAGACUUCUUCCGUGACACCUGUGUCUUUUUUGUACAGAACAGAAGCAACAAGUUUAGUUUCCAUUACUGUCACAUCAUCGACGUUGCCAGAUAUUAUUGAAGUGGUGGACUAUGACACUAGUGAAGAGCUUUCACUUCUUGAAUCUAUACCUUCCGCUGUUCAAACAACCACAAAACCUGAGGGAGAACCUACAACCAUCAGCACCGCCCCUGUUACAAGUUCAGUCCUCACCUCUAUAGAAGAGAGCUCAGGUGAUCAGACACCUGGUAUGUUUACCAAAGACACCACAGUUUAUUCUCUGUUCAGCACUGAGAAACCAGGACAUGUAACGACUUCAGUAUCAAAUGAAACUGCAACAGCUGAGAUUUCAAAUAUUACAAUCUCUGUAACUUCUUUUCUGUAUAACACUGAGAAACCUUCAACAAUAUCAGAAAAAACUACAACCACAGCAACUUCUCAGUACAGCACAGAAAGAAUUGCAGAAAGUACAGUCACAGAAAAACUUCCAGUUUAUCCUGUUUCUGAUAACACAAGUUCAGUCCUCAUUUCCAAAGACGAAGAGAGCUCAGGUGACCAGAAUCCUGAUAUUUUUACCAAAGACACUGCAACCACCACAGUGUCCUCUCUAUUCAGCACUGAGAAACCAGGAAAAUUAGUAACUACAGCAUUACAUGAAACUGCAACCUCUGAGACUUCAAAGAAUACAAUCAUCACAGCUUCUUCUCUGUUUAGCACUGAGAAACCUACCACAGCGUCACAGGGAACUGCAUCAGCAGAGAGUGAAAAGACUGCUACAACUACAGCAACUUCUCUGUUCGUCACUGAGAAACCAGGACAAGUAGUGACAACAGUAUCACUUGAAACUGCAACAGCUGAGACUUCAAAGAUUACAAUCGUUGCAGCUUCUUCCCUGUAUAGCACUGAGAAACCUACAACAGCGUCAAAGGGAACUGCAUCAGCAGAGAUUGAAAAGACAUCUGCAACUUCUUUCUUCAGCACUGAGAAACCAGGACAUGUAAUGACUUCAGCAUCACAGGAAACUGCAACAGCAGAAUGUAAAAUGAUUGCUACUGCUACUACAGUUUCUUCUCUACAUAGCACAGAUACCAUUGCUCAUGUUGAGAGUACCAUCCCAGAAGAGAUCUCAGGAGUUCAGACUCCUGAUAUGUUUACUACAAAGUCAGAUGCAACACCUCUUCUUCCAGUGUAUAGUACAGUUGGAACACAACAGCCAGAAGAACCAACAGGCUCAGAAAUGUCAUCAGCUGCUCUCAUUAUUGAUGAAACAGAGACAAUAGCCGUCCUCACUUCAGAAGAGGAUAUAAUCUCAAGUGGUGCAACAACUGAGAUUUUCACCAAGGAAUCUGUUGCAACAACUGCAUUCCCAUCAGAGUCAGUUAGUGCGUACACUACAUCAAGACCAACAGUGAUAUCAAGUUCAAUCGUGACCCGUACAGAAGAAGACAGUUCUGGUGACCAGACCCCUGAUAUGUUUAGCAAGGUGCAAGCUACGAUAAUUGAGUUUGUCAGUAGUUAUACCACUCCUCAUACAUCAACUGGACAGGUGACAGUACAAACCGGGGCCUCAACACAGGUUACUCACAGCACCUCUACACCCAUAGACAUGGAGAGAUCUGGAAUCUCAACUACAGAGGAUGACCAAGAGACAACUCAGACAGAGGGUUCAGGUGAGGAGGUACCAGUGGAGACCUCCAAUAAUCCACAGGACCAGUUCACUGUAGCCACAGAUGAGACAGAAAUCAACGAGACAGAGAGUACAUCUGAUGCUCCAAGUUUUGCAUCCUCAACACGGUCAACACAGAUCAGCCAAGCAUCUAUGUCAACCCAAUAUCCUGUCUCCACUAGCACAGCUGAGACAAUAGAAUCAGCCACUGCUUCAUUGUCUGAGCAGGGAAGUGGAGACUUAACAGAACCCUCUAUUUCAGAAAGUGAGGGCAAAGAGGAUGAGAGUUCAGGUGAUGACACAUCUGCUGUUACAACAGCCCCAAUGCAUACAUCAUCUUCAACAGACUCAAUGGUUACAAAAUCAGUAAGCACAGAGGUAACUGAUGGAACCAAGGAGGUUGAACAGACAGAAGAACUAACAGGCACCGAGGGACAUUCAGCUGGCUCUGACUCACAUGUGGCGGCCUCAGUGGUCACAUUCACAGAUGAAGAGAGCUCUGGCGACCUGAAACCUGAUAUGUUUAACAAGGAAUUUGCUACAGCAACAUCACUCGGGUCAGAAGCUGUGAUGACCAAAUCUUCCUCCCCAAUAAUCAGCAGUGAUCCCUUCCAAAGCACAACUGUAGGAACAGUCAUCACACCCACAGAAGAAAUAGAUGAAACACCCUUAUACACUCCCACUGCAGACAUUGAAACUCUGGAGCUUUAUGUGGACCAAACAAGUGGACUAGCAAGCACAUCAAAACCCUUUGUCACUUCCUUCAUUUAUGUAGACAUGGAGGUCUCUGAAGUCUCACCAACAGAUGAUGCCAUGGAGAAAAUCCAAGCAGAAGGGUCAGGUGAGGAGGCACAAGUGCAGACCACCACUGAACCACAGAACCAGUUCACUGUUGCAACCAAUGGGACUGAAAUCAGAGAGACUGAAAGCACAUCUGAAACACCUUGUGUUGAAUCUUCAACAGAGUUCACACAGUCCCAGAAAUCCACAUUAAUCCAAUCUCCUUUCAUGUCAAGCACAGAUAAAACAACAGAGGCUUCCACAGCCUCUUUCACAGAGCAGGGUAGUGGGGACUUGACAAUAGACUCUACAGCUGAGGCUGACGAGAGUUCAGGUGAAGACAUCUCUGACGUGUCUACUCAGCAACCUGCAAGCACAACUUCUCCUGCCCUGUCUAGUACAGCAACAGCAAAGAAGGAUUUUAACACAUUUUCUUUCAGCAUUGAAACAAUCCAAGAAACAGAUGUUGAGCUUGAGGUUACUUCUAGCAAAGCUCAGGCCCUGGAAAGUGAUGUGACAGAUAAACCAUCAGUUGCUUCCAUUUCAGACGUAACACUCACAGACAAAGAAAGCUCUGGUGACCAGACUCCGGAUAUGUUUACCAAAGAGUCUGUCACUGCAAAAGUGUAUUCUGUAUACAGCACAGACAAAACAGAACAUGUCACAUCCAUGACUAGAGUUUCUUCUCUGUUCAGCACUGAGCAACCAGGAAAAGUAUUGACAAUAAAGUCACAUAAAAUUGCAAUAUAUGAUACUGCAAGGACUGCUACAACUUCUGUUUCUUCUCUAUACAGCACAGAUAAACCAUCAACUGCUUCCAUUUCAGAUUUAACCUCCACAGAUGAAGAAAGCUCUGGUGAACAGACCCCUGAUAUGUUUACCAAAGACAAUGUAACUACAGCUUCUUCUCUGGAUAGCACUAAGAAACCUACCACCGCGUCACAGGAAACUGCAACAGAAGAGAGUGAAAAGACUACUAGAGCUACAGCAACUUCAAUGUUCAGCACUGACAAGCCAACACAAAUACUGACCACAGCAUCACAUGAAACAACAGCUGAGACUGCAGGAUCUGCUCCAACUUUACCUUCUUCUCUGUGUAGCACUGAAAAAACAUCAGUUGAUUCCAUUUCAGAUUUAACCUCCAAGGAUGAAGAGAGCUCUGGUGACCUUACCCUUGAUAUGUUUACGCAAGAGUCUGUCACUGCAACUGUUACUUCAUUGUACAGCACUGUCAAAGCAGAACAAGUGACAACCACAGCACUGCCAUUUGUAAUGACCACAGGAGAGAGCGAAGUUACAGAGAAAACAUCAGGCUCAGAACAACUUGUUACUACCGUCACUUUCACACCAUCCACUUUGCCAGAUAUUGAUGAAAUGGUGGACAAUUUACCUUCACCUGUUCAAACUACCACAAAACCUGAGGGAGAAGCUACCAUAUUCAGAGUUUUCCCUAGCACAGAGACAAGCUUAGUAGUCUCCUCUACAGAUGAAGAAAGCUCAGGUGAUCAGACCCAUGAUAUGUUUACCAAAGAGUCUGUCACAGCAACAUUGUCCUCUCUUGACAGUACUGUCAAAACAGAACAAGUAAUGACCACACCAAUGUCAACAAUAAUGCAAGCUUCUCAGACUUCCAUAUUACCUCACUCUGACUACACCACUCCCAAGACAACCGGUGUCGAUGUCAUAACAAAACGGAUGGUAUUCACAACCAAACAACAACCAUCAACUGAGAGAGACACAUUCAGCGAGGCAACAGGCCAAACUGAAUCCAUUGUGUCAAGCACACCAGGCCCAGAUGACGAAGGUCAAAUCAGCCCAGACACAGAAACCACCAUCUUUCCUGAGGCUACACAGCCCCCUGUUACUGUUACUGUGAGUGAUCGUACAACUAUGAGAGUCCAUACAAUGAGUGAUCAUUUAACCACUGGAGACCACACUGUAGCAAGGGACCACACAACUGUUAGAGACCAUACAACAGUGACUUUUGGUUCACAGUCAGCCAUAUCCACUGCCAUCCCCUCUAUUAUCUAUCAGGGUGUUACUGACCAGCAGGUUAUGAUCAUCACCUCAACCAGCAGCCAAACCAAAACUAACCAGACCCCCACCAUGGUGCUGCAUGGUACAAAACCAUCGAAAAGCCCAGUUAUCAUAUUUACAGAAGAGGCCAAAGAUGAGGACGAACUGUUCUCCACUGUUGUGGACAGCAUGACCACAACCCCUGAGAUUAUCGCUAAAGAUGACACAAUAAUUGACGCUGAUACUGUGACAAUGGUGGACCCCUCCUCACAAUUCCACCCCACCAUCUUUGCUGAGGAAGCAGGGGGAGUCACAGCCCUUACCAUGACAUCACACUCCUCAAUUGCAAUGACAGAGGAACCUGAAGGGUCUGGGACCGAUUACUACUUGUCUUCCACAAUUGACCCACCGAGUCUGGCUACAUCACAAAUCCCUUCAGUCACCUCCGUAAAUAUAUCUGCAGAGGCAAGUGCUGAGACGACAAGCAGCUCUACAAAAGUUGAAGAUUCAGAGGUCAUGUCCACUGUAGCUCAAACCACUCAAGCCAAAACUGUUUUCACAGAGUCCAGCUCUCAGACGGCCUUCACCACACCAUAUAUAUUUGUUAAUGAGUUGUCCAGAGAUGGUGUCACUGAAGAGGAGUCCAAUACAGAGACUACUCCUUCUGCCCCUGUAUCAUCCCAUGCAUCAACUCAACCCAUAGAUGCAAGCACACAGACCACAGUUAGCAGUGAGGAUGAUGAAUUCCUGACAGAUGAGAUGGAAUUAUCAACCACCCCUUCUCCUACUACUAUUGCAUCUGCAGGAGAAGGCCCAUCUGAUGAGCAUUCUGAAGUGGAGAACACAACAACUUUAUCUAGUUCCAUGCAAGCCACCGUGGUGUCUGCUGUUGCUACACAACAGAUGUCAGUGUCCACUGAGGAAGAUAGAGAGACUGUGAAAUCAACCAGUCCUCUGCCUGUUGAUGAGUUUUCAGGAGAUGACGACUUUGAAGGCUCUGGAACCUCCGCCUCUGUAGUGGAGACCUACCAAACCACAACUCCCACCCCAGACACGAGCUCAACAGCUACUAAGAAGGGUGAAGUGACAGAGGUUACAACUCCAGUACCUUCAUUCUCAGAGGAGGGCAUCUCUGGGGAGGAAAUGACAACUUGGACACCCAAACCCUCUGAAACCACAUCCUCUCUGUAUAGCACAGAUAAAUCAUCAGUAGCUUCCAUUUCCGAUUUAACCUCCACAGAUGAAGAAAGCUCUGGUGACCAGGCCCCUGAUAUGUUUACCAAAGACUCUGUAACUUCAGGUUCUUCUCUGGAUAGCACUAAGAAACCUACCACCGCGUCACAGGAAACUGCAACAGCAGAGAGUGAAAAGACUGCUACAGCUACAGCUUCUUCUCUGUUUAGCACUGAGAAAGCAUUACAAGUAACAACAAUGUCACAUGAAACUGUAACAGAUGAGACUGCAAGGACUGCUACAACUUCAGCGUCUUCUCUAUAUAGCACAGAGAAACCAUCAGUUGUGUCCAUUUCAGAAAUAACCUCCGUGCGUGAAGAGAGCUCAGGUGAGCUGACCCCUGAUAUAUUUGCCAAAGAGUCUGCAACUUCCACAGUUUCUCCAUUUGACAGUACUGUCAAAAUGGAGCAGGUAACAGCCACAACAAUGUCACCUGAAAAAGCAAUAGCAGAGAGUGAAAAGACUACAUCUACCACAGUGUUGUCUCUGUUUAGCACUGAGAACACAGAGAAAGAUUACUCCCAGCUGAGUUUGUCUGUCCAUUCCACUGUUGAGCCAUCUGUAAUGCCUGAUGUGGUGGUCCAGUUUGUCACAACCUUUGUCCCCGAGGUGGACAUGACAAAGCCUGGGAAAUCUUUCCAUCAGGCCAGGUCUGAGAUUGCAUUUACCCAACAUCCUCUCACUGACCUCUCAUCUGAAAAAACUGCAGAGGACACCACGAGUCCCAUGUUGCUUGAGGUAGAUUCAAGGGACUCCAUUGACACUGUAACCACACCUGCACAGGGCUCAGAAUCACCUUUUGUUGCCACAGCUUCUACAGCAAUACCAUUUAAAUCAGAAGUUGAAUCUUCAAGCCAGGGACUUACAACAGAGAGAGUUUCUACUGAUAUAGACGUCAGCUCAGAACAAGACAGUGAGGUCAACAGGACUUGCACUCCCACCAGUAUCUCUAUAAAGGAAGAAGCGACCGGGUAUAUUGUUACUUCUCUAGUCACGGACAUUGCCACUGCAGUGUACAGUACACCUCCUUCCGCUGCGGUCACAUCUGCUUUGCCAGACAUUGAGGAAGAGGCGGACUAUGAAAAUAUUCCAGAUCUGUCACAGGUUGAAUCUGAACCUGCUCUUCAAACAACCACAAAACCAGAGGGAGAACCUACAGCUGUCAGCACUGCCCCUGACACAAGUUCAGUCCUCACCUCCAUCGAUGAAGAGAUCUCAGGUGAUCAGACACCUGCUAUGUUUACCAAAGAGUAUGCAACUACAACAACUACAGUUUUUUCUCUGUUUAGCACAGAGAAACUAACAACAUUAUUACAGGAAUCUGGAACAACAGAGACUGAAGGCACAGACCAAACCGAGGGACCAGCAGUUACUCCUGUUAUUGAUGAGGCAGAGACGAGCCCAGUCCUACAUGUAAUGACAACAACAAAAUCACCAGAAGCGAGUGCUGCUAUUGAUCAUACCGAAAAACCAUCCGACUCUGAGGAGUCUUUUACUCCAAGUGUUGAUGACACAGAAACAGGUUCUACAGAUGAAGAUAGUUUUGUAGAUGAGACAACUCCAAUGACCACCCAGGAGUCUCUUGAAACAGAAGCUCAUUUGCACAGUAGCACAGCCAAGCCAUUGCAGACAUCCACAUCACCAGUCUCUGAAUAUGCUAAAAUAACUGGUGAUAUUGAAGAAACAGAACAGACGGAAUCAACCAGCACAGAACAACCAUCAGACAUUCCCAGUUCAAUGAAAAGCACUGUGAACUCAGUCCUACCUGAUACAGAUGAGGAGAGUUCAGAUGACCAGUCUCCUGAUAUGUUUACCAAAAAGUCUGUCACAACGUUAGCUUCAUCUCUGUAUAGCACUGGGAAACCUACUGUAUCUUCACAUGCAACUGUAACAGCAGAGACUGAAGUCACAGAAGAAACAGAGAGGCCAUCAGGCUCAAAACAGCCAUCAUCUACUCCUGUUAUUGAUGAGACAGAGACAAGCCCAGUCCUCUCCUCUACAGACAAAAAUAGUUCAGGUGAUCAAACCCCUGAUAUGUCUACCAAAGAGUCUGCCACUGAACAAGUAACAACCACAGCAAUGCCACACGUAAUGGCCACAAAAGCAGAUAGUGAAAAGAUGGCAACUACAAAAGUGUCUUCUCUGUACAGCACAGAGAAUACCGACUCAAUGAGUAACCUCGCCUCUGCUGAAAUAACUGCUGAUUGUGAAGAAACAAAACAGAUGGAAUCAACAAGCAUGGAACAGCCAUCGGGUGUUUCCAGUUCAAUGGAAAGCACUGUGAGCUCAGUCCUACCUGAUACAGAUGAUGAGAGCUCAGGUGACCAGACACCUCAUAUGUUUACCAAAGACUCACCAACUACUACAGUUUAUUCUCUGUAUAGCACUGAGAAAGCUACAACAUCUUCACAGGAAACUGUAACAGCAGAAGAGAGUGAAGUCACUGAGCAAACAGAGAGACCAGCAGGCUCUGACAAACCAUCAGUUAUUGAUGAUACUGAAACCAGCUCCAUCUUACCUUCUACAGAUGACAAGAGCUCAGGGGACCAGACAAGUGAGGGUUUCACCACAGACGGUUUUGCCACAGAAGCUCCUCUCCUGGCUAGUACAGCCCCUCCAAUUGUCUCUGUCCAUUCCACUAAGGUGACAACGGAGGCCAAUGUGAUGAUCCAGUUUGUCACAACAUUUUCCCCCAAACCAGACCUGACAACACCUGAGGCUUUGCUCCAAGAGGCCCUGUCUGAGAUCGCAUUUACCCAUCGUUCCCAACCUGACAUAUUUUCUGAGGAAACGGCAAUGCCCACAACCAGUCCCAUGCUGCCUGAGGAAGAUCCAAGCCAGUCUGUUGACUCUAUAACAACACCCGCACAGAGCUCAGAGUCAAAUUUAGUCUCCACUGCCUCUCCAGCGAAGACUGAUGCUGUACUAUCUACAUCAGAGGAAGAAGAACAAGUUGAAGCUUCAAGCCAGGUACCUACAACAGAGGAUGCUUCUCCUAGUGCAGAGGGCAGCUCCGAACAAGAGGCUGAGGUCAAAGUAACAGCCUUUCCUGCCAUUGUCUCUCUUCUAACUGAGAAAGUGUUAGAAACUAAAGUGUAUAGAACACCAAUGAUAGACAUUGAUGAAGAAGUGGACUAUGAAAGUAUUACAGAGCCCUUACAGGUUGAGUCUAAACCUUCCCUCAUUGAAACCACCACAACACCUGAGGUAGAAGCAACCAUGCUCAGCACUGUCCCAACAAAGACUCAGAAGAUUGAGAGUGCAUCAUCAAGUUCAGAGAGCAGUUCAUCGAGCAGCUCAGAGGAAGAGUCAAACCCAUCUGUGACUCAGUCAGUAUUGGCCUCCUCCAGCUCAGAAAGCAGCUCAGGAAGCAGCUUGGAGAAAAAGGUGACCAUAGUUUCCACUAUGAAGCCAGAGAGUGACACAACAGAGGAGACCACCCCAUCCCUCUCUGUUACUCAGACAGAACUUGCAACCGCCAUCACUGGUUCACCCUCUCUCACGCAUCCAAGGGCUGAAAUUGAGUCAGCGGGUUCUGAGAGCAGUCCCGAAGGAAAGACGGCUUCUGAAGUUGUUACUCCUGCCACUAAGAUGCCAAUGUGGGAAAUGCCAGAGUACACAACUGUAUCGCCAGCUGAAACACAGAGCCAGACAGAAUCCGUCUCUAUGAUCCAAAGCACUCCUUCAUCUGUGUCUGAGGAGGAGGAAAGUGUGGACUAUGAUAAUGUAUCAGGACCUACAUUAGUUGAGGGUGAACCCCCCAUCAAGGUAGUGGAAACUAUCACUUCAGCUGAGACUAGAAUGGAUUUGGGCCACAUGACUGUUGGUGAGACAGUUGAGAUUGCAGGCAUCCACUCCUGUGCUGAGAACAUUUGUCUGAAUGGGGGCUCUUGCUACAGAAGCGGAAGUUACCAAUCUUGCAGCUGUGCCCCUGGCUACAGUGGAGAUCGUUGUGAAACAGACAUUGAUGAAUGUCAAUCCAACCCCUGUCGCAAUGGAGGUACCUGCAUUGACGGCCGGAAUUCCAUCACCUGUGUUUGCCUCCCAAGCUAUGCUGGAUUGUACUGUGAUGAAGACACUCAGACAUGUGACUACGGCUGGCAUAAGUUCCACGGACACUGCUACAAGUACAUCCCCCAGAGGAGGAACUGGGAUACAGCGGAGAAGGAGUGUCGGGUACAGGGGGCACACCUCACCAGCAUUCUCUCCCAUGAUGAGCAGCAGUUUGUCAACCGUCUUGGACAGGACUACCAAUGGAUCGGCCUGAACGAUAAGAUGUAUGAUAAUGACUUCCGCUGGACCGACAGCAUGCCCAUGCAAUAUGAAAACUGGCGCCCCAACCAACCGGACAGUUUCUUCUCGUCUGGAGAGGACUGUGUGGUGAUGAUCUGGCACGAGGACGGCCAGUGGAACGAUGUGCCCUGUAAUUAUCACCUCACCUUCACCUGCAAGAAAGGCACAGUGGCCUGUAAUCAGCCCCCUUUGGUACAGAAUGCUCAGACCUUCGGCAGGAAGAGGUCACGCUAUGAAAUCAAUGCUCUGGUGAGGUACCAGUGUAAGGACGGCUUCAUCCAGAGGCAUGUGCCAACCAUCCGUUGCCGUGGAGAUGGCCGAUGGGACAUCCCCAAAAUUGCUUGCAUGAGUCCAUCAAACUCCCAAAGGGUAUUCUCAAGGACGCACCAGAGCUACAGCCUGUUCAGCAGUACUAACUACAAGUGGCGGUCCGACGAGGCGGAGGCCCGACACCGUCCUCACCAUCGAGGAAGGAGAUUGAGGAGAUCGGUGAACAGGCGAAACAGAAGACAGUGAUCGCCAUGGUUAGGCUAGGUUACGCCUGCUCACAAUCUGCAGAACCUACACAAUAGGAAUGCAUGACUGUCACUCAUGUGGAGAUGGGUUCUUUUACAAAUGAAAAAAGAAAAAUACAUUUUAACAAAAAAGGAACAAAAAAAACAAACCCAAAGGAAAUGUGAAAUUUUCUUACCAUUUUGAUGAUGGAAUCUUGGAAUGAAGUGCCUUUUCAAAGAAUAUUCUGAUAAAGGGACACUAAUUUAUAACAACGCCAAAGUGGAUACCUUCCGCUGGCUACUGGAAAAUAAAGAAAAAUAACCUCUCAUGAGUGUGCUGGGGAAGAACUUUGAACCAAAUAGUGCAUUCAUUAGACAGUUCUCUAUUUUACACAGACUGAAGAUUGUUCAACUCUAACAUGUUGAAAAAGAUACAGACAAAUGCUAGCUUUUGUGAAAUUAUUGCGCUUGUGUUAUGCAAAAGAAUACAAAACAUUUUCAAAUAGUCUGUGCUACGCAGCUCCUAACGCUCAAAUGAAUCCACAGUACCCAAUACAUCUCCCAUUUCAAAGAAAGAGGAUCUAUCCUUGGGUUUAUCAUCAAUAGAGGUCUUGUUGUUAAACAUGAUUACUGUAUGUAUUUUAUGCAGUUUUUAAUCCAAGAUUUCAUCUUUACCAGAGGAACUGAGCAGGCCCUGGGACUAUUGGAUGGCAAACGUCACUGACCAAUCAGAUCACCGAAAGAAAAAAGAAACAUGGGGGAGGCCGAUCCAAUCAAUUUAGAGUGCUUGUGACGGCAGUUUUGAACAAAUAACCAGUACCUUGUCCUCAGCUGCAGCCUUCAUCCCAUCUCAUACGUGUCUUGUAAAGAUAAAUAUACAGUUGAAGUCGGAAGUUUACAUACAACAUAGCCCAAUACAUUUAAACUCAGUUUUUCACAAUUCCUGAUAUUUAAUCCUAGUCUGUAAUACCAACAUGUUUUAAAAGAACACUAAGGUAACCUGCCUAGAUGACUACUGACACAGCACUCACGUCUGUCGCCAUUAAGUGCUUUGAAAGGCUGGUCAUGGCUCUCAUCAACACCAUGAUCCCAGAAAUCCUAGACCCACUCCAAUUUGCAUACCAACCAAACAGAUCCACAGACGAUGCAGUCUCUUGCACUCCACACUGCCCUUUCCCACCUCGACAAAAGGAACACCUACAGUUGAAGUCGGAAGUUUACACACACCUUAGCCAAAUAUAUUUAAACUCAGUUUUUCACAAUUCCUGAUAUUUAAUCCUAGUAAAAAUUCUCAGAUUUAGGUCA